CCGGGAGGGAAGCCGUGGUCCAAAAAGGUGGUCCAGAGACGUCGAGACUUUCUUUGUUGCUCAAACUUGACCUCACUCCCUCCAUCGAACUUGCAAAAAUGCUGCGUGCGCGCCUCCAACCAACCGCCAGAGCAGUACUCCAAACUUCCCGUCUCCAACGAGCAGCUCGACCGAUCCCGACGGCGGUGUUCCAGACACGCCUGUCCUCAGCUCACGCAGAAGAAACCUUUGAGCAGUUCACGGAUAGAUAUACAAGCUUUUUCGGAGGUGUUCAAGACAUUUUCGAGCUCCAACGAGGCCUCAACAACUGUUUCGCUUACGACCUCGUUCCCUCACCUGAAAUCAUCAAGGCAGCCCUAAAGGCAGCAAGGAGGGUCAACGACUACUCGACAGCGGUCAGAAUAUUCGAAGGCUUGGCAGAGAAAGUCGAAAACCGGUCCCAAUACGAGCAAUACCUGGCAGAACUUAAAGAUGUCAAAGAGGAAUUGGGUGGCACCAUCGAGAACGUUGCCCCAAUAGCCAAAGACUGGACCUUUCAUUCAGGUUCACGAACCAUGAGUCUAUCAAAUAUUCUAGACGGUAACUCCUCGCUACUAGGAGAUAAAUCUUUUCGAGCUAUUCAUGCUUCUCAGCUGGCAGCCGCCACUGGUUGGCCAAAGGAGUUGUGGAGCCUAACAAAGUACAGUAGUGCCGCGAUUAGCGAUGACAGUCUCUUAGCAAGACAAAACAAAGCCUGA